UGUUGCACCGACGGUGAGGCAGCGGAAUCAGCCGUUCUGUAGUUCGUUCAUUUAUUCUUUCCGCGCGGAGACCAUGGCUUCUUCCUCGGCCGAGUUCUUCUUCGGGACGCUUGGAGAGCGGGACCUGGAUGAUGCUGCUUCAUGCGAGAUGCGCUUCACCAUGAGCCACUCGCAGAAUCUGUGAGUCAACAGCUCCCUCUGAAAACGUUGCCGAUAUCACGACCAAUCUGGUGCAAAGAAGUGGCAGGCCAGAGAAUCCCAAAUAAGCUCCUGUCCCCAUUGAUUGCUUCUGGGCACAUUCCUGUUCCUAUUGGUUGCCUACAGCUGCGCUGACCUCCAGGUACACUCUCAUUGGUGAACCGUAAGUGCUCCUGACAUCCCAUUGGCUGUCAUGGGUGAUCCAGAGGGGCCGGGGGAGGCCCUCCCCAACCGGCUGUCCAAUCGGGACACCAUACAGCUGCCUGAUGAGCUGUCACUGAGCGACUCGGAUCCGGAGGAUUCCCUCUCCAUGCCGUUCGCUCAGCGUGUGGAGGACCUGUCCUCUUCCUCCAAUGACGACGACGACGACGUCAUAGAGGUCAAAGGGCAGAAGUUGCGAGGGAUCGCGGCAGUGCCGCCGUUAGGCAGAGGCAGCAGCGCUGGUGACGAUGACAGCGGAGGUGGUGGUGGCGGCGGUGUGUUCCAGUUGCGAGGGGGCAGUCUGGGCUUCUCCGACCGCAGUCGCAACAUCUUCGAGAGCCUGGAGAGCGCCGUGAAGCUCACCUCCGCCCAGCUGGGAGACGACAACGUGCUCAGCGGGACCUUCGCCCGGCCCGCGCCCCCUUCACCACCGGGAGAACGGAGGAGCUCAGGCCGCCAGUCACCACCAGGUGGCAGGAGUCGGCACCAGUCAACGUCCCCCAAACGGCAGUCGGAGCACUCGUCUCGCCACAGCCUGAGCCAGCAGCAACACCCCCAUCGCCACAAGGGGGCAGCGAAGGGCUCCGGCAACAGGGUGCCAGACUACCUGGAGCACCCCGAGCGCUGGACGCGCUACAGCCUGGACGACGUGGCCGAGACCAGUGACCGCCACAACAGCCAGGUGGCGCUCUCCUUCCUGCAGGACCUGCGCAAACGUCGCGAGGAGAGGGAGGGCCGCCACGACAGAGACGACGACGAUGAGCCGUUCGUGCCCUCCUUCAACCAAUCACAGGCGUCCGCCGAUGGAGGCGGAGACCACCAGCAGCAGCAGCAGCACAAGAUUGUGUUCUCCAAGCCCAAGCAGCAGCAGGGCUCCAGGGAGGAGGCAGGGGGCGGUGGCCGGAAGGGAGCCCCAGAGAGGAGGGCCAGAGUGGGGCUGCUGCACCUAGGCGAGGAGGAGGAUGAGGAGGACGCUAGGCCCGACGAGGCGGAUCGCCAACACUCAGUUUCUCCCUCCGCCAAUAAGGGGGCUCGGAAGAGGAAAUGGGCUCCAAGCAGGAAGUGGGGGCAGGAGGAUGAAGAUGAUGAUGAUGAGGAAGGGGAGAAGGAGGAGGAGGAGGAAGAGGGGAUGGCAGAUAAGCCGGGUAGCGUGGCUUUCAGCAUCAGCAAGAAGGUCAACCGCAAACACAUUCGCAAGAUGGCCGAACCACGGCACCAUGAUGAGGAAGACUAGAUAGACAGACAGACAUGACACACAAGCGCGCACACACACACACACACACACACACACACACACACACACACACACACACACACACACACCAAUGCCAUGAUGAGGAAGAGGAGAACUAGGUAGGCAUCUUCCUCACACUACAGCGAGUGAGAAUGCAGCCAGUGCAAAAUCAUCACACACGCACGCAC